UCUUUUUUUUUUUUUUUUUUUUUUUUUUUUGCGUCUCACAACUUUAACCAGUCCAGUUCAUCGCGCUCACUUGCCUUUCGCACACCUCGUUCACUGCAAACAGCCAUGUCGUUCAUGGUUCUGCUGGGCAUUGCGCUGAUUGCGUUCUCGCCCGUGCUCGUGCUUGUGCUGCUGACGGUCGCGCAGUCCGCCGAGCUCGUCGUGCUGCUCGUCUGCUCGGCCUUCUUCUGGCUGCUCUCCAUCCUCGUCACGUCCAUCCUCUGGUUUAUCAUUUCGCCCAUCCGCGACGCGUACGUCUGGGCCAUCUUCCUUGCCGUCGCUCUCCAGGAGGUCGGCCGCUGGGCAACCUACCGCGUCCUCAAACGUGCCGAGCCGGGUCUCCUCAAAGUGGCCGAUUUCGCCAAUUCACGGCUGGUGCAUCACCGCCUCGCUUACGUGAGCGGUCUGGGCUUUGGCAUUAUGAGCGCGUUGAUCCAAUUCAACCCAGUCCUGUCUGUUGCAACUGGCCCCGGCAUGCUCCCAUCACCUGGCUGCACUGGCAAUUCGUACUAUCUUGUUUCAGCAUUUACGAUCUGCUGUUUCUCGCUCCUCCAUGUCUUCUGGCACGUCGUCUUUUCGCACGGCAUGAACACCAAUUCGAAAGUCUUGGUGGCCAUUGUGCCGAUUGCCCAUCUUGCUGCCUCGUUGUUGACCUUGAUAAACGAGUCCGGCGAGAGCUGUGCAGGCGCACUUGUUCCGUUGUACAUUGAGCUCGCUCUGUUUGGCUUUAUCUGCUGGCGGAUCAUCAGCAAACGGCCCUCGCGAGAAUUUUAGACACAUUUUUUUGUUUGGGUUCAAUUUUUGCAACCAGACAACUCUUCUUCUUCUUCUUUUUGGUUUUUUUCAACGAGGUCAGAAGAAAGCCGAGGAAAACGAGAGCUGUCGAUUAUUUUCAACAAUAAACGAGACAGAAACGUAAACAAGUCG